UGCGUGGGGAGGAGCGGGGAGGCGAGGAGCGCCCCUUCCCCGGCGGGGCCGGGGCUCGGCAGCCGGGGGGGGCACGGCGGGGAGCGGGAGGGGCGGCCCCGCUGCUCCCGACGGCUGCGGGCGGGGUGCGGGAAGCGCCGCAGCUCGCUCACACCGCCGAGACCCCGCUCUGCUUCUGGCCCCGGCAGGGGCUCUCCGACGGGGAUUUCCCCCCCUACCCAGCCCACUUUGGCUUUUUUUUUUUUUUUUUUUUUUUUUCACUCCCCCCUCCCUUCCCGGAGCAGUGUGAACGGGGGUAUUUUUCUUCAGGGUAUAAAGCUGCGGAGACACGGGAGGGGAGACUCAGAGCUUUUCCUCGCCGCCGUUCGCAUGCGAGCCUCCCGCAGCCUCUCCUUGGUCCCGCUACACCCCUUACCUGGCCAGCUCUGCCCGGACCAUGCCCGCUAAGCUCCUCGCCGUCUUCUUCCUCCUCUCGGUGUUUCACGCCCGUUCCAGAAAGGUUGAAGAAGAUGAAUAUGAAGAUGGAACAACCAACCAAAAAUGGGUUUUAGCUCCAAAAACACAGGACACAGAUGUGACUCUCAUACUAAACAAGCUAUUGCGAGAGUAUGACAAAAAGCUACGGCCAGAUAUUGGAAUAAAACCAACAGUUAUUGAUGUUGAUAUUUAUGUCAACAGCAUUGGUCCUGUAUCAUCAAUAAAUAUGGAAUAUCAAAUUGAUAUAUUUUUUGCCCAGACGUGGACAGACAGUCGUCUUCGCUUCAACAGCACCAUGAAAAUACUGACUCUGAACAGCAACAUGGUUGGGUUGAUCUGGAUUCCAGACACGAUAUUUCGGAACUCCAAGACGGCAGAAGCUCACUGGAUCACCACCCCCAACCAGCUCCUCCGGAUAUGGAACGAUGGCAAGAUCCUGUACACCCUCAGGCUUACCAUCAAUGCUGAGUGCCAGCUGCAGCUACACAAUUUCCCAAUGGAUGAACACUCGUGUCCACUGAUAUUCUCUAGCUAUGGCUACCCUAAAGAAGAAAUGAUUUACAGAUGGAGAAAAAACUCAGUAGAGGCUGCUGACCAGAAGUCUUGGAGACUCUAUCAGUUUGACUUUAUGGGUCUCAGAAAUACUUCAGAAAUUGUGAAAACCUCUGCAGGUGAUUAUGUAGUCAUGACUAUAUACUUCGACUUAAGUAGAAGAAUGGGAUACUUCACUAUUCAAACGUACAUUCCCUGUAUAUUAACAGUUGUUCUUUCCUGGGUAUCCUUUUGGAUUAAAAAAGAUGCCACACCAGCAAGAACAGCAUUAGGAAUUACCACAGUAUUGACCAUGACAACUUUGAGUACCAUUGCAAGGAAGUCACUACCCCGUGUCUCCUAUGUCACCGCUAUGGAUUUGUUUGUGACUGUAUGCUUUCUAUUUGUCUUCGCUGCUCUGAUGGAGUAUGCAACCCUCAACUACUACUCCAGCUGCAGGAAACCAAACUGUACCAAGAAGAAAAAGUCGCUACCUGAUGUCAGUUUUGGUCAUGUGAUGAAUUAUUCUGUACUUGAUAUGAGACCACCAACUACAGUCAUCACAUUGAACAAUGCCAUGUACUGGCAAGAAUUUGAAGAGGCGUGUGUCUAUGAAUGUCUGGAUGGGAAAGACUGCCAGAGCUUUUUCUGUUGUUAUGAAGAAUGUAAAUCAGGCUCAUGGAGGAGAGGACGGAUUCACAUAGACAUCUUAGAACUUGAUUCUUACUCUAGGGUCUUUUUUCCUACGUCCUUCCUGCUGUUUAACCUGGUCUACUGGGUUGGAUACCUCUAUCUUUAAAUGUUGCCUGUAGUGGUGAAGACUGUCGUGUUUUCACACUGUGGAGGUGCAGAAAAAGUGAAGGACAUGGUCAGAUUCAUCUCAAAUUAUAGAGGCCACAUUAACCUUCACCAUCACAGAGCCUGAUGAAGAAUUUUAAUAUGUAAUUUCCUGAAAAAGAAAAAUGUGGAAGAAUUCUCUCCUUACUGCUAUUCAUUUUAAGGGAAAGAUUCUUACAAAAUUCAGCUGAAUUUGUAGUGUAAACAAUGUUUAUGAAUAAUUAUUGUAUAUUAGAAUUCUUACUAUUCUCCCUUGGCAUAGAAGCUAUACACAAUUCAGGCAAGGGUUAAGUAUGUCAUUUUUGUUCUUCAUUCCCAUACUUUCUUCAAAAUGCUGCCAUAUCCCUGAGGCUCAGAGCAACAUACACUGGCACUAGCAAACAAGCUAAAGCCGGUGAAACUACCCAUUUAUAUUUAAACUUGCUUGAGCUAUUUCCCGUAGGUUCUAGGAAAUAUUUUCCUGAUGAUCUCCUUGAUAUAGAGAAACCACCAAAAGACAGUAAUAAAUGUCUUUGGUGAGAUUAAAACAGGGAAGCUACUCACUGCAAAGGUCUGGGAUUUGUGGAAUUAGCCACUUACCAAAUGUAUUGGUUUUAAUUUGAGAUGAAAAGGCAGAGUUCUAAGAAAGCUAAUAUUUUGAUAUAAAUAAAACUUGACUAUCUCUGAGACAACUCUAGGCAUAACUUCUACUGUUUUUCAAGCUUUUAACUGUCUUUUUUUAUGACUGGUUAAACACAGGAUGGUCACUGAUUUCUAAAGUACUCUACUUGAAGCAGGAAAAGAUCCCUGCUUGUUUGUGUCAUUGUAGCAGAUCACAGUUUAUAGGCCAUGAGUAAAAAUCACUAUAUAAUAAUAGCACUAGGAAUAUGUGACUUUCUUCAGAUUGUAAUUUACUAAAAAGUGCUCUCAUGCAUUCCUAUCUUUUCUCUUCCAAAGUUAUUUUAUAAAAUAAAAUUUAAAAAAUUAAAAAAAAAAAAAAAAAAAAAAAGAAUGCCAAAGGCCAUUUUAAUUUCUUCCAUAAAGUUAAAUUUUGCAGUCCUUAUUUAUGUCAUAUAUUCCUUGGAUCUGACCUGAAGACUGAAUACUUUUAUGGGACUGUCACCCCUGGAUCAAACAUGGAAUAGCUGGCACGUGUAGAGAAGGUUGUCUUGAUCUUUCCUAAACUACCAACUACAUUUUAGUACAGUGGGGUAUUUUGUACUUUUCAAACUUUUGACCAUUGUAUUCUUAAAAGGACCAUUUUUUUCAACAAUUAGCUUUACAGUGUUAAACUAGAUUACUUUUUUUACAGACUGUCUCAGUUGUUAUUAAGGAAUGAAACAAAUUCAAGACUAGAUAGCAAUGGCUUUUCACUACCCUUUGGAUAACAAAACUGUUACAAAAGAUUAGACAGAUUCACCUCAAAAAAAAAAAAAAAAAAAGUGUGUUUCUUCCAUACAGUAUUUGGAAAUUUUUUUUAAUUGUAGAUGUGAUUUAAGAACAGUUACAGCAGUCCUUUGUCUCCUCAGAAGGAAAAUUCUGCAAACACGAAAAAGCUAUUGCAAUGAUAAUUAGAAGAGAAAUGCUGUCAUGUGCUUUGAAACAUCACUGUCUGUCAUUGCUGUUUCCCUGUGCUUCCAGUAAUUUUUAAUUAAGAAAAAUUACUAAUAUGAAAGAUAAAUCUAGUUUAUCUUCUGUUUUUUACUUGUCUAAAAUAUCAGAGAUGAAAACUGAGUUUAGGGAGAGAGGGAAACCACUUCUCCAAGAACUAAUGAAACUCAAAUUACAAACACAGAGAAGAAAUAUUUGUGGGCAGUAUCAAAACCUUAUUUAAAAAAAAAAA